CCAUGCCGGGAGUCAGUACGCACGGGAGUAGCGGGGGAGGCGGCGCGGAUCUGAGCGUCCCAGUAACACACUAGCGCUGUCACCGUGACAGCAGGACACGCAGCCGGGCGCUCUGGGGUGACGCGGAAGAGACACGGGGAUCGAGUCUGUGCUGAUGCAGUGGAGCUGCGUGUGUGCGAGUGGCGUGGGGCUGCGUGUUGCGGAGUGACAAGGCUUUGGCGUAUUGACGGGUGGCGGAUCCAUUACAAAGGGAUCGUUUAGCCCCAACGUGAGAAGGUCAUUGGUUUCAUUGUAUCGCUUUCAAAGCCGGCGAGAGACGCUCAAAUAGCCGAUCGCAGAAUCAUCAGGACAACACCCAGCAGCUCCGCUUCCAGCCGCCAGUGUAGUGGAUUAGCGAUCAGCCUGCACCCCCCGCCGUGUCACUGACAAGCAGCCCGAGCCCAACACUCAUCCCUCCAGCCCAAAACUGCCCACAGGAGCCUGACACUGCUGCCCCAGGUUCAGGCUCAAGCUAACUGUCAGCUUAAAAAAGUGUCAGCAGUGCAGGUGACAUCCAGCAGCAGCUUUGCGGCAUUUGUGCUUUGUUCUCUUUGUAGUCUAAGGCAUUAUCUACAUGAUACAGGAGGAUUCAUAUCUUGGGCAAGCCCUACCCUGGCUGUGCUGCAUCAUCUUUAUCCAGGGGCUAUUGUGUGCCCCCCAUUGACAUAUGAAUGCACCCCUCAGCACAGGUACUAGCUGCUGCCUCACUUUUUGGCUCUGAGGUGCCGCCAGGGACAAAGGAUAAGCUGUAAGAGUUAUUGGCUUGGCUCCUGGACUGUUUAUGUGGCUUCCUUUACCACUGAGUCUUCUUCAAAACUCUCCUUCCUCAAGAACCCGGGCUCAUACCCCAACCCAACCACGUAAUGGAGCGGCUCUGCUGGGGUUGGUGGUGGCAUCUCAGUAUUUUGUGCCUUCUACACGGGGCAGCUGGAGACACUGGAAGUAAAAGCAAAAGCUGCAGUGAGGUGAAGCAGGUGUACCUGGCUAAAGGCUUCAGCCUGAAUGGAGCACCCCAAGCAGAAAUCUCAGGAGAGCAUCUGAGGAUCUGCCCUCAAGGUUACACCUGCUGCACCUCAGAGAUGGAGGAGAACUUUGCCAAUAUAAGCAGAGUGGAGUUUGAAUCCAAACUACGGGAAUCCAGUGCUUCUAUUCAGAGGCUGCUCACCACGCAGCACAGGAACUUUGACAGCUACUUCCAGGACUUGCUGAAUACAUCAGAGCGGGUUCUUCAAGAAAGCUUCCCUAGCCAAUAUGGAGAUCUUUACAGCCAAAAUAGCAAGAUAUUCAGAGACUUGUACUCAGAACUGCGUCAGUAUUACAGAGGCUCCGGCAUUAACCUGGAGGAGGCCUUGGCCGAAUUCUGGAGCCGCCUGCUGGAGCGUGUGUUCAAAGCACAGCACACACAGUACUCCUUCUCUGAGGAGUAUAUGGACUGUUUAGUGAAGCAAUAUGAGCAGCUCAAGCCCUUUGGAGACACCCCACGAGAGGUGAAGCUUAAAGCAGCCCGAGCAUUUAUUGCAGCCAGAUCCUUUGUGCAAGGACUCAAUGCUGCUGCUGAUGUUGUCAGGAAAGCCAACCAGGUUCCCAUGAGCACAGAGUGUGCACGUGCCGUCAUGAAGCUCAUGUACUGUCCUCACUGCCGCGGCCAUUCCAGCAUAAAGCUGUGUAAUAACUACUGCUGGAACAUCAUGCGUGGCUGUCUGGCCAACCAGGCGGAUCUGGACUCAGAAUGGAAAAAUCUUAUUGAGUCACUGCUGCUGGUGGCAGACAAGUUUAGUGGGUCUUCCAAUGUGGAGAAUAUUGUGGGGUCAAUCCACACCAAGAUCACUGAGGCAAUAACUCACAUGCAGGAAAACAAGGAACUCCUAACAAACAAGGUAUUUAAAGCCUGCGGGAAUCCAAAAAAGACCAACAAAGGUUCGAAAUCCGAGGAGAGAAGACGCAAAGCCAAGGCUACUCAGGAAGAAAAAUCUGCUGUUGCCAUAAUGGACAACCUGAUUUCAGAUGUGAAAGGAAUUCUGAGUGAUAUUCAAGAUUAUUGGGUUUCUCUACCAAGUUUAUUUUGCACAGAAAAGGUGACAGCAGGCCCAGGAUAUGAGGACAAGUGCUGGAAUGGAAUAACUAAGGGCAGGUAUAUGCCUGAACCAAUGGGUAGUGGUUUGGCCAAUCAGAUUAACAACCCAGAGGUUGAUGUUGACAUUACAAAGCCUGAUAUGACUAUUCGCCAGCAAAUAAUGCAGCUGAAGAUCAUGACAAGUCGCCUAAGAAACGCAUACAAUGGCAACGAUGUGGAUUUUCAAGAUACCAGUGAUGACAUCAGUGGCUCUGGAAGUGGCGAUGGCUGCAGCGAGGACAUUUGUGGUAGAAAGCUCUCUAGAAACACUGUCAUAAUUCAGCCUGAAACACACGCAAUUCCGAGGCAACCUAACCCCGGGGUGCCAGGGUCAGGCACACGCCUCUAUUCCUGGGACCUAAUCAUAUGUCUUGUGGCUCUACUUGUUGCACAGUGCACCAGAUGGUAACUGAUGUCAAUUGUCAUAAUAAAGGAAAUGCUCUUGUGUUUGCCCAAAAUAAACUUGACAACGUCCAGAUUUUGGAAGCAGAAGGGGGAGGCGUCUGGGUCACUAUAACACUGUGCUCUUCUGCGGUCUCAGCCUGCCUCUGUACCUCUAGUUACUUUUCUAUCCCAGUGCAUUUUAUUUGGCAAUACAGAUGAUCCAUAGGGUACUAUUGUGACAAGCGAUGGGGAUCACACUAAUUACAUAUCUUUUUUUGUUUUUAAUGAUAAAUUAACUUCCAAGAAAUAUUUAUUAGUUAAGAGACAUACAGUACCUCGAGUCGCAUUGCUGCAGUGCCAGCGACGAGAGCCACUUAUGCAAUAUUCUUUCUGUUUCUAUAUAAUGGACCCUUUUUGUUAUUUACUGCGCUGGGAGUUUUCUUGUGUUCAGUGAAACACUGUGCAAACUGAAGUCACUUUGGAUCCACGCCUCUGCAUUGUACUUUAGCAACCAUAUCUGUCAGACUCUUGGACUCUUCCCACCCCCCAUGGACUUGUAUGGGCAGUCUUGUGUUGCUUAUUAGGAAGGGGUAAGGAUGAUGCUACUAAGUCUGGAAAACAUGGUACUGCCACCCUUUUAUAUCAAACCAUAGCAUUGUCUUGGUAGGUACUAUGGGACAAGGGUCCAGUCUCUUGACUUUGUAUGAAGAGUGGAGAUUGGGCUAGUCCAGAUAAAAUAACUGAAAUGAACUUCUGGGUGUGAUUUUAUUCACCUUGAAAUUUACUUUCGGUAUCUUGUUGGUAGAUAUAAUCUAAGCAAUGUUGAUUUGACAUGCUUUGCUGCAACCCUCCAAGUCUUUGAAGGGUUAGUUCACUUUUCAAUACUUUUAGUAUGAUCUGGACAUAGAUAUUCUGAGACUGCAACUGUGUUUUUUAUUUAUUGAUCUCCAAGUUGGAAUUCUAGAGUCCAUCUGGUUGCCAGGGUCUGAUUUACCCUAGUAACCAGGCAUUGUCUUGAAUGACAGACUGGGAGAUGAAAUGGAGAAGGUCUGACUUGAAACAUACAUAAAAGGUAAUAAUAAUACAAUUUUAGCCUCACAGAGCAAUUGUUUCUGGGGUCAGUGACCCCCCCCCAUUUGAAAGCUGUAAAGUGGCAGAAGAAGGGAGAAAUAGUUCAAAUAAAUGUGAAAUUUUGCUGUGGUGUAUGCCUCCACUUUUCUAAAUGUAGUUAAAAAUCUAAAAUAAAAAUUAAAGUCACAGAUAUCUUAUUCAAAGGGGGUAAAAAAAUAUUAUACACAGUAUUCAUGUCCCAAAGUACCCCCAGUCCAAGGGUUGUACAUAGUUAAAUAAUCACAAAAGGCAAAAAUCGGGAAAGACUUACUGUUUAGUGAAAACUGAGCCCAAAUAUUAUAAAAAUGAAAAAACUUUAUGAGGACAUACUCUAGCCUGACGCGUUUUGUGCCAAAGGUGGGCACUUACUCAUAGGCUCCUAUGGAAAUAGUUCAAAAACUAUUUUAAAAAGUACAAAUGAAGACCAAUUGAAAAGAAGCAUUGGCCAUUCUAUAAUAUACUAAAAGCUAAUUCAAAGGUGAACUCCCCCUUUAAAAUUAAAUCUGGUCUGGAAGGGUCACAGGGCAGAUGAAUGGUCCAGCCAGACUUUGUAUUGAUUAUCGUUCAGUUCUGGCCUUCUCCCAACCAUCUUGCCUGCUGUUAUUCAUAAGGUUAUCGGGGGCCCGCUAAUAGAGCGGUUGAGGUUUAAAGCUGCAAAAGAUAUAUAAAAAAUAAUACCUCUGACUUUGCAAUUCUGGAUCCAACAAGAUGUUUAGGUUUAGUGAGAAGGAGAGGCAAGCUGUGCAUGUUUAUAUUGGGUGAAAAUGAUUGUACUUAAUGUGAUCCCUUCUCAUACUGUAUAUUGUUUGUAUUAUUCUUUAACAUUCUGCAAUUUGUCUCUGAGCACUGCUCACAAUCUGUUGCGGAUAUUUUAUAAUUUGGUACUCCUGACACUGCUCGUAGCACAUAUUAAACUGUUACCAUACAACCAUAAUGUAUAAGGGUGCAAAUCCAGGAUUCUUAGUCCUUAGAACUUUGUCCACAGCUUGUACCAGGUCAAAAAUUCAUCAGAAAAUGCACUGUUGGGCAGGUCUGGACUGAGAAUUAAAAUAGGCCCUGGCAUUUCAGGUACACAGAGGCCCAAUCAGCCCACACCAGCUCACUAAAUAGUGACUUUCUAUGGCACCUUAUAGCAGCCCCUCUGGCAUUUGCCAGAACCCACAGAUUGCCAGUCCGGGCCUGCUAUUGGGUGCAAGUCAGCCCUGUUCUUAUCUACCAUAGGUAGGUGGUAUGUACAGACCUUAGUGACAUGGAAGUUGGGGGUCAGGAUACGGGAAACCUAUAUCCAUCCUAUAUAUGUGCAGUACAGGCAAGUCCCCAUCUUUUUUGCUCACGAGAUCUACCCAAGGCAGGAGCAAAGUGCAAAGAACAAAUCCGCUUUGCAUUAAUUUUUUGCAUUUUGCCAAAGAUAAAUAGAAACAAUGAGGCCUACAAGGUUUAACUGUAGGAUCUACGGCACCAACAUGAAAAUAUCAUUGUGCUAGUUCUUUAGUUUGUGGCUUUAAUUUUUUGUUCUCUGCUGUGCCAUGUUUAUUGGCAACAUGCAGUGUGGGAAGGCCCAGAUAUCCUGUUAAAUAAAGGGUUAUAGGACUAGUUCCAUGAUAUAAAAUAACUAUAAAAAUGCACCUGUGCUACAUUGUAGGUUGAAUAAAUAUGUCUGCCAAAUAGGAUUUGUUUUUAUAGCUUUUUAGAUAUUAAAUAAAAUGGCUCGUUCUGGC